ACAAACAGCAUCGCCAUGGCACCGGGUAUAAAGUCCACGCUAGAAACUCGCAUGUCCAGAUCCGAGAUGGGGGCGAUGGCGCCGCGCACGCUGCUCCUGCUGCUGGCUGCAGCCCUGGCCCGGACCCAGACCCGCGCGGGCUCGCACUCCAUGCGGUAUUUCCUCACCAUCGUGUCCCGGCCCGGCCUCGGGGAGCCCCGGUUCAUGGAAGUAGGCUACGUGGACGACACGGAGUUCGUGCGCUUCGACAGCGACUCAGAGAAUCCGAUGGUGGAGCCGCGGGCGCCAUGGAUGGAGCGGGAGGGGCCGAAGUAUUGGGACGGGGAGACGCGGAAAGCCAAGGACUCAGAGCAGAUUUACCGAGUGAACCUGAGGAUCCUGCUUGGCUACUACAACCAGAGCCAGGGCGGCUCUCACACCAUUCAGCGUAUGUCUGGCUGUCACAUGGGGCCGGACGGGCGCCUCCUUCGUGGGUACCUUCAGUAUGCCUAUGAUGGCAAAGACUACCUGACCCUGAACGAGGACCUGAGGACUUGGACAGCGGCCGAUGCGGUGGCGCAGAUCACCAGGCGCAAGUUCGAGCAGGCUGACGUUGCAGAAAGACACAGGGCCUACCUGGAGGGCAUGUGCAUGCAGUGGCUCCACAGAUACCUGGAGAAGGGGAAGGAGCAGCUGCUGUGCACAGAUCCCCCAAAGGCACAUGUGACCCAUCAUCCUGGACCUAAAGGUGAUGUCACCAUGAGGUGCUGGGCCCUGGGCUUCUACCCUGCUGACAUCACCCUGACCUGGCAGAGGGAGGAGGAGGAACAGACUCAGGACAUGGAGCUGGUGGAGACCAGACCUUCUGGGGAUGGAACCUUCCAGAAGUGGGCAUCUCUGGUGGUGCCUUCUGGGGAGGAGCAGAAAUACACAUGCCAUGUGCACCAUGAGGGGCUGCCUGAGCCCCUCACCCUGAGAUGGGAGCCUCCUCAGUCCACUGUCCCCAUCAUGCCAGUCAUUGUUUGGGUUCUCCUUGGAGUUGUGAUCAUUGGAGCUGUGAUAAUUGGAGCUGUGGCUGUUGUGAGGAAGAGGAAGGGAAAAGCAGGUGGAAAAGGAGGGAACUAUGCUCCAGCUGCAGACAGGGACAGUGCCCAGAGCUCUGAUGUGUCUCUCCAAGACUGUGAAGGUGACACUCUUGGAAGUCAUUUCGGGUUGGGGAGCAAAAUGGACAUGAUUGGGUUUCAGGGACUCUCAGAAUCACCUCGUGAAGACAGCUGCCAGGCAUGGAUGGAGUGACAGUCACUGUGUUCAGAUCUCUCCUGUGACAUCUAGGGCCCCUCAGUUCACUCUCAGCAAAGGUGUCUGAUGUUCCCUGUGAUCCUUUGGACUCAAUAUGAAGCUCAGCCCAGCCCCGUCCUGCACACCAGGAUCCUGUCCCUGCACUGCCUGUGUGCCCUUCCAUGGCCAACUUUCCUGUUCCAGUAGACGGGAGGGGACAUCUCCAUCCUCUCAUCUCCAUGCUGCCCUGAGCUGCACCUCUGACAUCCCCACUGAAAAUAAGGAUCUUGAUUUGAACUUGAUUGUUCUCAUCCUUGAUUGGACAGGUUGAUUAUCUGUUAAAUUAAUUAUUGAGAUACUUAGAGGUUGUGGAAGAAAUGAAUGGCAGCGUGGAGAACCUCCCAGAAUCUGUGUUCAGUGGGCUGUGUGUCUUCUGUGAAAAGAUGAGAUUGUAGAAGCUGAGUGAGAACAGGGCUGUGCCCAGGUGGAGCUCAGUCCACUGUCGGCUGUGACAUGGUCACUCCUCAGCUCUGUCACCUCCUGGCUCUGUUCUCUUCAUCACUUAGAACCACAUGCUGAGAUCUGUGCUCACAGGGACUAUAGGAUGGUCAGAGCUGAGUCCUGGCCCAGGAUUUUGAGCAUCCAGGACAGCCAGGACGGGUCAACCUGGGCACUGACCUGACUAUACCUCUUUACCCCAUAUUUGCUCUUUAUUGUUGACUUUUUAGUUUGUAUGGAGGACUAGGCCCAUUUAUAUUCCUUUAAGUGGACUCUGCUUCCUUAUCCCUUGUGCCUCCUGAGUGACAGCAUUAAAAGUUGUUUUUCCA